AUGAAACUUGUGGGCUUAUGGGCCAUUGGUUUCCUGGCAUCCCUGCUGCAGACGCUGAGUGACAGAUUUGCCGUCACUUCCGAGGAGAGCGAGAGCGUCGCUACAUCACUCCUGCAGACCGAGCUUCAGCGCUUGCGCUCUCCCAAGUUUGCCACGCGAGCUGACGUUUGCACCGACACUGUACCCGUGACGGGCUCUGCCAGGGGCCUUCCUGCGAUUGGAUACAUCGCAUGCUGCUCGCCCGAAGAUGUGAAGCCUGCCAACGUUCGUCCAGGUGUUGCGAGGUACUUGGCUGCUGGUGGCCGCCGUGUUGUCACAGCUCCCUGUUACGGCAAUGAGCAUGCUGUGGGACAAGGCCUUCGAGACUCUGGUGUUCCGAGGGAGCACAUAUGGGUCACAACAGCGUUGGAUCCUCCGGACGAGGCGCUGCAGAAUCCCCGGCACUGGGCCGCGGGGCAGGUGGAUGCAAGCCUCCAUCGGCUGAAUGUGAGUUACGUUGAUGAUAUGUAUCUCCAUUGGGGUCUUGAGAAUGAAUACAAAACGAAGAUCUCCCUGGCGAAUGUAACGAAGGAGCAAUACGUGGAGCUGGGGGAGCAAUACUUGGAGCUGUACCGGGGUCUCAUCGAUGCUCAGCGGGCCGGAAAGGUUCGCCACAUUGGUGUUGGCGUCCACACGCAGAAGGAAAUCGAAUACCUGAUGAACGCCACAGGAGUGAAGCCGGACAUCAUGCACGGAUGGAUCACACCCUUCAUGCCCGAGAAGCAGCUGAGUUUUGCCAAGUGGGCCAUGAACCAGGGCAUGACUUUAUCUGCCUGGGGGCCCUACAACUGGGAUUCCUUGGAUGAGCCCGCCGAACUUGAAUCGCACAGAUCAAUUACCAGCGAGCUCGCGAAGAAGUACGGCGCAACUGCUUCUCAGAUCGUAGCCCGGUGGUACUUGGACAAGGGCAUUGCCAUGUGCACAAGCAUGCUGGAGCCGUCUUACGUCAAGGACGACUUGCACUGCCUCCGCUCUUCGCUGAGUGCAGAAGACACGGCGCUCUUAGAAAGUGUCAAGUGGGACUGCCAGAAGACAGACUUCUUUCAGCCACUGCCGGGAUGCUCCGAGGACUAG